AUAGGUGGCUUCCCUCUCCGUGAUGUGUGAUUGAAUGUGUUAUGUGUUGUGAAUGUGUAUUUUGAUGACUUCGUCUUUCUUGUGUUCUGCUGUGUCAGUCCUUUUUUCUCUGCUCUCUUUUGCAUUUCCUCAAACACAUUAACCUCUUUCUUUUUCUCAUUCGCAUCUCCCCAUACCAUAAUAUUAACAAUGUCUCUCUCCGCUCCCAAGUUUGCGCACCCUCUUCCUCUCCAUCACAGAUCCAAUGGCAGCCCCAUGUCUUUCCACUCGUUCACUCCCUUCCUUGGAUCCACUCAGAAGCUUCGUUUCAUCACCUCCGUUAAGCUCAAUGCUCGCUCUAAUUCCACUGUUGUCUCUGUCUCCGAUGCUGUCAAGAGCAAGAAUCCCAAAUCAGCCACAAAUCUGCUUAUUACUAAAGAGGAGGGCUUGGUGCUCUACGAAGACAUGAUAUUAGGCAGGUUCUUUGAAGACAUGUGUGCCCAGAUGUAUUAUAGAGGCAAAAUGUUUGGCUUUGUUCACUUGUACAAUGGCCAAGAAGCUGUGUCAACUGGCUUCAUCAAGCUUCUCAAGAAAGAAGACUCGGUGGUGAGUACGUACAGGGACCAUGUUCAUUCAUUGAGUAAGGGGGUCCCGGCGCGUGCUGUAAUGAGUGAGCUCUUUGGGAAGGCCACGGGAUGCUCCCGAGGUCAAGGUGGAUCUAUGCAUAUGUUCUCAAAGGAACAUAAUGUGAUUGGUGGGUUUGCUUUCAUUGCUGAAGGAAUCCCUAUUGCCACUGGGGCAGCAUUUUCCAGCAAGUAUAGAAGGGAGGUUUUGAAAGAGGCUGAUUGUGAUCACGUGACAUUGGCAUUUUUUGGAGAUGGAACAUGUAACAAUGGACAGUUCUACGAAUGCUUAAACAUGGCAGCUUUAUGGAAAUUGCCUAUUGUGUUUGUGGUGGAAAAUAAUCUGUGGGCUAUUGGGAUGUCACAUCUCAGGUCAACUUCAGAUCCUCAAAUAUGGAAGAAAGGGCCGGCAUUUGGAAUGCCUGGGGUUCAUGUUGAUGGGAUGGACGUUUUGAAGGUCAGGGAGGUGGCAAAGGAAGCUAUUGGAAGAGCCAGACGAGGAGAGGGACCAACUUUAGUAGAAUGUGAGACCUAUAGAUUUAGAGGACAUUCAUUGGCCGAUCCGGAUGAGCUUCGUGACCCUGCUGAGAAGGCACAUUAUGCUGAUAGGGAUCCCAUCUCUGCGUUGAAGAAAUACUUGUUCAAGAACAAAUUAGCCAGUGAACAAGAGUUGAAGGCCAUAGAGAAGAAGAUUGAAGAGGUUGUUGAGGAGGCAGUUGUUUUUGCAGAUGAGAGCCCUCAUCCACCACGCAGCCAGCUUCUGGAGAAUGUCUUUGCUGAUCCCAAAGGUUUUGGAAUUGGACCUGAUGGCAAGUACAGAUGCGAGGACCCAAAAUUCACAGAAGGCACUGCUCAUGUCUAAUGUUUUUAAGUUUGACAUGUAUCUGCUUGGAGUUUUCAGUUUUAGAUUCAUGUUCUUAUUCUUAUACUUUCUAGAAAUCAAACAUUACGGUCAAAAUGCCCUUCAUAAAAUAUAAAGAGGAUUUGUUCUUUAGGUUGAAGUUUUAUUUUUUCAUUUCCUUAUAUUUGUUAGUAUUCUCAGAACUAGUGUCAACAAUGACAAUUUCCAGUCAUUUCUUUUAUUUGUCAGUUAUUGCAAUUAUACCAGCCAUCUACUCCUCUA